GAACCUUGGCUACAACGAACUGAUAGGCACUACUCCUAGCUUCCUUGGCAACAACCUCCCAAGUCCUGCUCAAUUAUAUUUGGCAGGGAACUAUCUGACUGGCACGAUACCAGCUACAUUAGGCAACCUCUUAGAUCUCGAAAUUCUAGAUUUGAGCUACAACCAAUUGAUCGGCACAAUUCCUAAAUCGCUUUACAAUCUCACAAACCUAAUCACAUUAUUGUUAUGGGUAAACGGAAUGACAGGCUCAAUACCCACAGUGAUGGGCAACCUUAUGUAUUUGACUGAUUUGUAUCUUGCUUGGAACAACCUAACUGGCAGCAUCCCAGAGUCCAUUGGCAACCUCCUGCAGCUCACAACCUUGGAACUUGAAGGAACCAAUCUGACAGGACAGCUCCCUCCAACACUGGGAAAACUUUCCAGACUCUCGGAUUU